CUCUACAUGAGUCAUCAGUGGACUUCUCCAGUCUGAGAGGUCCUCAAACAACAGUUGUAGGAAUGCCGAGGUGUCCUGAAUGCGACGCAGUGAUAAACAGACCACACCGUGCACACCGUUGAGGUUAUCAGGGGUACGAUAGAGUUAGCUAAACUAGUAUCUGUUUAAAGGAGCAAUUGGAUAGUCUGCUGUGGAUGCUGUGUCUUUAAAGGCCAAAGGAUAACCAGUCACUCACUCCGACAGACACAUUAUCACCAUGGUGUCGUACAAGCGGCUGAACCCUGAAGAUGUCCAGUUUUCCAGUGGUGUUUUGUCAGAGGUUCGUCCUGUUCAAGAGGAAGUUGCGGUGCCGGAGCCAGAGGAGGCCUCUUUACUUCCCCGUCGGCCACCAUGCUCCGUUACCACGGGUCUCCUGGUGAUCGGCUGCCUGCUGCUGCUCCUCUGUGGAGGUUGGCUCAUGGGCACCGUGUUCUGGCUGCAUGGUUCCUCCAACCAGCAGCCACACAAACCGCCGCCGCCAGCCUCGGGACAAACGCCUGACUCUAAAGUACAAACAGGAGUAGAUGACGCUGCAGCUGCUGCCCGCCGUGACGCUUGCAGCCGAACUCCCGCUGAAUGGAGGUUUGAUUGUUACCCUGAAAGAAGUGUGGUGGUGACCCGAGAGUUGUGUGAGGCGAGGAACUGCUGCUUUAUCCCCGUAUCCCCUCCUUCCUCAUCUGCCACCCGCCCAUCAGGGAAAAAUGGGGUUCCUUGGUGUUUCUACUCUCAGGAUUUCCCUUCGUACUCACUUGUGUCUCUAAAUGACACGGUGCUGGGACAGAAAGGUAAACUUGUAAAGGACGUGAAGACAUAUUACCCUGGAGACAUCCUCACUGUGGAGGCAGAGAUCCGUUAUGAGACAGAUACACGACUGCGAGUCAGGAUAACUGACCCUUCAAGUUCACGAUUUGAGGUUCCGAUCGCUGUCCCCCCCGCCACCAAGAAGGCAGAAAACCCUGAUUACGUCGUAGAGAUUUCAAAGCAGCCGUUCAGUCUCGUCGUGAAGAGGAAAUCUACAGGAGCAGUGCUUCUGAACACCGCUGUAGCUCCUCUCUUCUAUGCGGAUCAGUUCCUACAGUUCUCCACCUCCCUACCCAGUGAGUUCGUUUACGGCCUGGGGGAACACCGCUCCACCUUCCUGCAUGACUUCAGCUGGAACACACUCACCAUGUGGGCCAGAGACGUGCCCCCCACGGAAAAGACAAACCUGUAUGGGGUCCAUCCAUUUUACCUGGCGAUGGAGGACGGAGGGAAUGCACACGGCUUCUUCCUGCUGAACAGCAAUGCUAUGGAUGUUGUUCUCCAGCCCUCCCCAGCUCUCACGUGGCGUACCAUCGGUGGAAUCCUUGAUUUUUAUGUCUUCCUUGGUCCCAAUCCUGGUUCAGUGAUUGAACAGUAUUUGGAAGUUAUAGGACGCCCAGCGAUGCCCAUCUACUGGGCUUUAGGAUACCAUCUCUGUCGCUGGGGUUACAGCACUAGUAAUAAUACCUGGGAGGUUGUCAAGAGUUUGAGGAAUUACGGGAUACCUCAGGAUGUCCAGUGGAAUGACAUUGACUACAUGGACAAAAGUAUGGACUUCACUUACGAUUUAACCAAGUUUGACACACUACCUGACCUGGUCAAGGACCUGCAUGCUCAUAACCAGCGCUAUGUCGUAAUGAUGGACCCAGCUAUCAGCAGCACACAGCCUGAGGGCUCGUACUGGCCAUUCGAUGAAGGACUGAAGAGAGGAGUUUUUAUUAAAGAUGCCGAUGGGAAAACACUGAUUGGGAAGGUGUGGCCUGGUCUGACAGCAUACCCUGAUUUCUCCGAUGAAGUGACUCAUGAAUGGUGGUACGACAACCUGCAGAAGUUCCACGAGAAGGUGCCAUUUGAUGGAUUAUGGAUUGAUAUGAAUGAGCCCUCAAACUUCCUGGAUGGAUCGACCAAUGGCUGUCCAUCAAACAGUCUUGAAAAUCCUCCUUACACUCCAGGCGUACUGGGCGGUUUGCUGAGAGCCAAAACUGUGUGUGCCACUGCACAGCAGAAGAUGUCCAUACAUUACAAUAUGCACAGUCUCUAUGGACUCAUGGAAGCUAAAGCCUCUGCAAGUGCUCUGAAGCGAAUUGUGGCAAAGAGACCUUUUCUGAUCUCUCGCUCCACCUUCCCCAGUCAGGGGAUGUACUCUGGUCACUGGUUGGGAGACAACAGGAGCCUGUGGAAAGACCUUUACACUUCUAUAGCAGGUAUGUUGACCUUUAACCUUCUGGGCAUCCCACUGGUGGGAGCAGAUGUCUGUGGCUUCAGUGAGGAACCGGAGGAGGAACUAUGUGUCCGCUGGACCCAGCUAGGAGCUUUUUAUCCCUUCACACGAAACCACAAUGCCAUCGACAUGAAGCCUCAAGACCCGACAGCUUUCAGCCCUAUGGCUCGUACAGCGAUGAAACAGGCUCUGCUGCUGCGUUAUUCUCUCUUCCCUGUCCUCUACACUCUCUUCCAUCACGCACAUGUACAUGGACACACUGUUGCACGACCGCUAAUGUUUGAGUUCACGAGUGAUGUAAAAACCUAUGGGAUUGAUAAACAGUUCCUGUGGGGGAAGAGUUUAUUAGUGACGCCAGUGUUGGAUCCUGGAGUCGAUUAUGUGGUUGGUUAUUUCCCAGAGGGUCUGUGGUAUGACUACUACACGGGAAUCUCUAUGCGCAGUAAAGGCGAAGAGGUUAAACUCCAAGCACCUCUAGAUAAGAUCAACCUGCAUUUGCGCGAGGGCUUUGUUAUACCAAUACAGACACCCAACCUGACCCUGUGGGUAAGCAGUGGCCAGCCUCUCCACCUGGUUUCAGCUCUUUCUGACGAUGGUUCAGCCAGUGGAGAUCUGUUCUGGGAUGACGGAGAGAGCAUCGACACCUACGAGACCGACCAGUACGCCUACAUCAUCUUCAAUGUCACUCAGAAGGUGAUGACAUCCCAGGUGCUCCACAGUAACGUGGAGGCGACAUACAUCACUGUGGAGUCGGCUUCUUUCUACGGUGUAAAGGAGAAGCCCAACAAAGUGCUGGUGAACUCCCAAGAUGCACCUUUCACCUACAGAGAGAACCAGCAGGUGUUAGUAGUUACAGAACUGGGUCUCAACCUCAGUCGGAACUUCACCAUCAGCUGGAUGUAAAGAAUUCAAUCACUGGUUUCAUUCCCGUUGAAGUCACAAGCUGAUCUGCAAGCAAUCUGGGAGUUUUAGGACAGUGAUGUUUUUCAUUGUUUUUGGCUCUUUACUCCAGAACACUGGAAGUCCAAGAAGAUGUCAGUUAAAUGUCAAAUGUCAGUGUUGAUUUUUAUCUGUAACAUGUGUUUCACUUCACUGUCUGAUUCAAUAUGUAGGACACCUGUGCAUCCCUGCAGCAAACAGAGAAGGCCAUUUGGAUGAACAUUUUCACACUUUUCCACGAGUAGUUGCUGAUGUCGAUGCAGACGCUCUGAAGCGAAAUCUCACAGUCUUGGUUUCAUUUCAUACGAGCUGAUUUUGGAGUACAGAGCCGACAAACUGUCCAUUUGUCUGAAGCAAAAGUGAAGGUAUUCAGAAACAAUAGAGAUCAGGAGUGUGUGUUAAUAUAGAUAUCAUCCUAAAAAGACUGUGCACGCUUCAGAGAGACAAAAACACCGUUGUGUGCAUUCAAAGGCUUGCAGACAUGAUAUCACUGACCCGCUGUAGUUCUGCUUUAAUGUGUGAAUUUUCGCCUGUUUGAACCAAAAAGCUCGGCCUCCGAUCUUUAGUUUUGUCUUUGGUUUAGUUUGAUCUAAACUGCAGUUUUGAAGAUUCUCAUCAGCAGACAAAUGAUGUGCAAUAAAUGAACAAGAGUAUCGUCUACCUUCCUAAAAGUGAGCCUGACUGUAGCUCAUGAUGUAUUAUACUGUAUGUGCUUGAAAGCUGUUUACUGCCUAUUUUGCACUAAUUAGUUCGCAGUAUGUUGAAGGUAGAUAUAGGUGCCUUAUGAUUCCUUUUUGUGUGUGUUUUUGAGCAACUUUGGGGUUUUCCAGAGGCUUCUGUGUUUAGCUUUGCUUUGUGAGUCUGUUUUCAGCUCUGCAGACCGCGGUAUUAUCACGCAUGGAGAUUACUUUGAGGAUGGAGUCUGUGAUUCUGGAGAAAGAGCGCUGAUGCUUAGCUGGCAAUAUUUAGAUAGGCCUGUGCCAGAUUUGCUGUCCUGCUUGCUUCUGCUGCCUUCUUUCCAGCUGCACUGUGCCAGAGUGCGAGCAUGCACAGAACACACUGGAGUAAUGUUUGGAUCAACCUGAGCCACUUUGUUUCACAUUUACAGAGCCAGGGCUGUCGGUAAACUACUUUUUUUUUUUUCAGUGCACAUGAAGAAUAUACAGCUCCUGAAUUUACUAAACUUGAGAUGUACUGAAUUAGAAUCACUUACUGCGCCUUUAGCCGCAAAGCUAUACUGGAUCCAAGUAUGGUGCAAUCAUUUUACUGUGACUUUCCUCAGCAUGGCCUUUCUGACAGAGCAGAGCUGAAGCUAAAUACUUUUCUUCAGCUACAAGAGUUUUCAUAAUCAGCAAAAAUCAUUCUGCCUCCAUUUGACCUUUAUGCUGUGAAAAUCUAGCCCGAAUUAUAUUUUCGUGGAAUAUCAGCUGUGAAUAGUCUGCAUCUUACACAACUUCGCUAAAGAAAUGGAUGCAUGCGUGCUGGAAAAUAAGUACACUAAAUUCCAAAACUUUCCCAUUCUUUCACUUCUGUUUCAAGCAUGUAAAGACGGCCUUUGUGUUACGUGAGUGAAAUUGUGACUCCAAAAUUUUGCAGUAUUUUACCAUGAAGCCUUGUGUUUCACUUUUUGUAAGUGCUUAUGUUUAAUUACAUGAACGACAUUAAAACUAUUGGAAUUAA